AUGAUAUGGCCUGACACUCCUUAUCAGAGACAUAUCAGUCCAUCAUUCCAGGAGACACCCUCCCAAUUUCAUCCUGUCAUUCUUCAUUCCUUACGAUUUCUGAGUAUUUUUACACAUUUGAGGAAAACUUAUGUAGAUAAUGCUCAAGGUGGUUUGAGGUUUUCUCGAGAUUUCAUUUGGAAAGAUGAACCCUUGAGUGGUGUGUCUACACUUCAAGGACCAGAUCCAAGUAGAAUUUUACAUUUGCAAACGUUUUCCAUUCUUCUUCAGGAUACAACUGUGGAACAAACCAUAUUGGGCUGUGAUAAGCCAAGCCUUCUAUAUUGGCAGAUUUUUAUAAACUUUCUCAUCUUCACUCUCACCGGCACCAUCACUGGCUUCCUGUUCAAGACUUCUAGCCCAAAGACCAGCAUAGAGGUUGUAGAGAACCAUAGAAAAGAAGCUGAAAGGGUCGAAUCGCGAGCUCGCCUACAUCGUCUAUCAGAGAUUGAUGCUUUAUCAGAGCGUUUAGUUAGUUCAGGAUUAACUCACAAGGAUAAAAGUACCGAUGGCUCUUAUUGUGCAUUGGUAACUGAGUCAGAUUUACUGCGAACCGCUUUUGCAGCUCGAUUAACAAUAUGCGAAUUAGAUCAAGCUCAGCUCAAUAUACCUAAAGAAUGUUCUAUCUGGGUUGCAAGAGAUGAUGACGACGCGAGGACAUGUAUCACUGCGCUACAUACGUCGCCCCAGUCUUGGUCAUCGUAUUCCGGCCAUCUAAGGGAUGCUAUUCAAUUGUGCUUUGGAUACGCGAAUCUUCAUGGACUUGAUAAAGCUCGGGACAUCUAUGAAAGCACCACGGUGAUCGCGAAUCAGCUUCUAGUUUCACUGCGCCAACAGGAGGAAGGACGUCAGCGAGAUUUCCUACACGUGAAGGAAUCCAUCACUCAAUAUUUUCAAAACGAAGCCAGCGCAUUCCGAGCAGCUACAGAACGCGAUCGGGUACGGCUGGAGGACAUCGCCAGCUUGACGCGAUCCAAUCUCCAAUCGUUUCAAAGCUCUUCACAGGCUCAUCAGAAGAAAUUUGAGGAGCUUGUCAAUGGGCUGGAACGAGUGAUGAUUGAAAGAGAUGCACUUGAUCGAAGAGAUAGGGCUGUCGACUUUUCAAACGGUCUUGACCGCUGGCGCUCUUCGGCCGAUUCGAUUUUACGCGGGCUUGCUAUGGAGGUGGACACUGGUUUAUCGACCCAGCUCGUCGCGCUGAAAACGGAACUACCCUCGGUGAUUGAGUCCAAGCUCAAUCACAGCCUUCAAGCCCUCGUCAGCUGCUUGGAACUGAGGUUUAUGGGUUUGGCAGAGUCUUUGGGACAGACUCACGAAGAAAGCCUCAAUGGUAUUAAGGAUGUCAUAUUGAUACAGCAUGGUGAAAUGGCUGAUUUGACUCAAAGACUUGCAUCGAUCAACGGCGGUUUCAUAAUGAUCGAAGAUCGUUUGAAGGGCUUUGACCACAGUUCCAACCAGAUAGCUUUCUCUUUGAACCAAUCACAAUCAACGAUUGUAGACGUGGAGUAUCAAAUAAAACUCGUAAUGGCCAACUUGUUCAAGGAGUUGGACACGCAGAUCGCAGUGAUGGAUAAUCUAACUGCUUCUCUGGUUGGCUCUAUCGGUAUUAUUGAUCACACUGCAUUCAAGAGCAUCAGCUUUCUCUUCAGCUGGCUGAAAAGCGUUGAUGGCAGUUUUAUGCGUCGUAAUUUCGUCCGUGAAAAACUUGACAAGAUCCAAGAAGAGGAGGUGGAACCAGAAGGAUGCGCGGAGAGGGUUUCAAGCUGGUGCUGUGAUGGACUUCGGGUGAGUUUUUGCUUAAUAUCUCUAGCUUCAUGCCAAUCAUCAAAUGGUAUCACUCGUCUGAUUCUUCCGCCGAAAAUCCCUCCAUCAAGCGACGAUCCGGAGGUCUCGUCACAAACUAUGACAUAUCCUUCACAUCUUGGCGCAUCGGAUGUGCCUCAAAGGUUUCCGGGUCUACAAGCACAAAGCCCGGACGUGUAUACUCUCCAACGAUACGAGCGAGUACAAGCGAUAGCGUGUAUCAAAGAGUUCAACGCAAUUUCUACAGGUUUAAAGAACAUCAAUGGAUCGCUGGGUGCACUGCGACCAAACCGAUUGGCUCAAAGUCGUCUUCAUCCCCGCACUUCUUCGAGAAUUGUACCUAACCGACUGGUUUCCAAAAAGGCAUGA